AUGGGCGAUGGAUUUCGCGCUCGCUUUGCUGGCAUGACCUUUAAUCCCAGACAAGCAUCUUUUGGACGCAAUUAUACGCGUGGUUUUGGCUCAGGCGCAAGCAGCGCGGGAUGGGAGCAAAUUGAAAUGGAAGACAUGCUUGGGGAUGAUAGUGAGGACGAGUGA